AUUUUCCAAUGUCGUACAAUCACUUAACAAUUAUUUUCGAAUCGUCGUACCGGUUACUUCAAAUAAUUAAAGCCUCUGAUAAAAAAUAAUAAGAAUGACGAUUUUAUAUUCAUUUGAUAUGAGCCCACCAUGUAGAGCAGUUCUCUUGACUGCAAAAGCUAUCGGUCUUGAUCUUGAUGUUCGUGAAACAGAUUUAUUUAAAAAAGAACACAUGACGGAAAAAUUUCUCCAGCUCAAUCCCCAGCACACAAUCCCGACAUUAGAUGACGACGGAUUCAUUCUCUGGGACAGUCAUGCAAUCAUACGAUACUUAGUAAGUAAAUAUGCUAAAGAUGAUUCUCUGUAUCCGAAAGAUCUUCAAAAAAGAGCGAUAAUUGAUCAGCGUUUACAUUUUGAAGGAGAAAUGAUUUUUCUACCUCUACGAAGCACUGUUCGCCGGAUUUUUUAUGAUGGAAAAAAAACAUUUAGAGAAGAACAUCUUGCUGCUGCACAUGCGACUUGUGACAUUUUAAAUAAAUUUCUCGAAGGUAAACAAUGGUUAGUAGGAGAUAGUUAUACUCUUGCAGACAUUAGCUGUGUGUCAUCAAUCAGUUGUUAUCUAACGUUUUUAUCAUUUGAUAAAUAUCCAAAUAUUGCAUCUUGGUUGAAAAGAUGUGAACAAGAACUUCCCGGUUACGCUGAAGCUAAUUCCGUUGGUCAGAAAAAAUUUUGUGAAGCAGUCAAAGCAUUAAUGCAGAUAUUAUCUUAUAGUAGUUGUGCUAAAAUGCCGAUUUUAUAUUCAUAUGAUUUGAGCCCACCUUGUAGAGCAGUUCUUUUGACAGCUAAAGUUAUCGGCCUAGAGUUGGAUGUUCGCGAAACAAAUUUAAAAAACAGAGAUCAUUUAACAGAAGAAUUUCUCAAGCUCAAUCCUCAGCACACAAUCCCGACUUUAGAUGAUGAUGGAUUUAUUCUCUGGGACAGUCAUGCAAUCAUACGAUACUUGGUCAGUAAAUAUGCUAAGGAUGAUUCUCUUUUUCCAAAAGAUCUUCAAAAAAGAGCGAUAAUUGAUCAGCGUUUGCAUUUUGAAGGAGAAAUGAUUUUUGUUCGUCUACGAAAUAUUGCUUUCGAGGUUUUUUUUCGAGGAGUAAAAACUAUACCAGAAGAAAAGUUAAAUUCCAUCGAAGAAACUUGCGAAAUUUUUAAUAAAAUUUUAGAGAAUAAAAAAUGGUUGGCGGGAGAUAAUUACACUCUUGCAGACAUUAGUUGUGUGUCAUCUGUCAGUUGUUAUCCAACAUUUUUAUCACUUGAUAAAUAUAAAAAUAUCGUAGCAUGGUUGGAAAGGUGUGAAAAAGAAAUUCCUGGUUACGCAGAAGCAAAUACUCCUGGUCAAAAAAAAUUCGACCAAGCGUUCAAAGCAUUAUUGCAAGAAUAGAAAAAAUUGUAUUUACUUGAAAAUAAAUUAAUACGUUGAAUUAA